ACAUCAAAUAGUAUUGGUUUUGGAAAGGAAACAGAACGAUCCAUGACUAUGAGUAAAUCAGUAAUACCCAAUAUUCCCUCAUCGCAUGAGAGUUUGAUCAAGUGGGCUUAUGAGCAUAACUAUAGUCCAGUUACUUCCUACACAAAAGCCCCUGUCGCUAACAGAUUUCAUCUGCAACUUGAAGAUACAGAAGAGAUGAAUGAUGAAGAAGACCAUUCCCUUCCUCCAGAGCUGACAGAAUUGCUGGGUGCUAACCCACUGCCUGCCCCGAAGAAUCCUGCAUUAAGUGAUGGCCUGACUUUUCCUUUUCACAUUAACAGAGGAAGACAUGACACAGUGGGAGAAGGAAUCUUCCCAUCCAGGGAUUCAGUGGACACAUUAAUAAAUCAUGACUUUGAGCAUUCUCUCUCAAAACAUAAAGAACCCGAAGAGGUACAGGGCAGUGCUGGUGUGGCCCUGUCAACAAAGUGUGAUGACAAAGUCAUGACAGUAGCUGUAGAAAAAGACUCUCUGCAGGCUAGCGGCUACACAAGGACAGAACUCUCGCUGCUGGAUCGCUCUUGCAAAGCCAGGAUGAAUGGUACCCAUUUCAUUUUGGAGUCUUUGCUGAACAAAUGCGGGACUCGGACAGCAUAUAUCUUCAACGAGAUUGUUUAUUUUAAUUCUAUCGUCAUUCAGAUGUCAUCACCAGCUGAAAGCAGCGGCUUUGAUGAUGAUGACAUGGAAUCAGGUGAUAAUGGAUUUCCAGGGGAUGCUGAUGAGGGAGAUGUUGCUUUCUCAAGCUGGCCUGAAAUAGCGUUUAAUUGCACGCUGCACCAGCCAGAGGAUGACAGAGGUGUGUUCUGGCCUCCUGAACCUCACAUCACCAAUGUGACCUUCAACAUGGAGCUGUACAAAACGGAUCUGUUCCUUGCUCCCUCCCAAGGACUCUUCUCUGUUGCUGAGAAUGGGCCAAUAUAUGUAGAGGUGUCUGUGACUAAAGCUGACAGAUCCUUGGGCUUUGCCAUUCAAACAUGCUUUGUUUCCCCGUUUUCAAAUCCGGAUAGAAUGUCUGACUACACCAUUAUAGAAAACAUUUGUCCUAAAGAUGAAUCUGUUAAAUUCUACAGCACUGAGAAGGUGAACUUUCCGAUACCACAUGCACAGAAGGACAAAAAAAGAUUUAGCUUUGUGUUUAAACCAAUGUUCAACAUCUCACUGCUCUUCCUUCACUGCGAGUUGACUUUGUGUACAAAUAAAGAAAAAGAUGCUCAAGGACUGCCAAGGUGCAUUCCUCCUGAUGAAGCUUGCACCUCUCUCAACGUGGAUAUGAUCUUGGCCAUGAUGCACAACAAGAAAACCUUCACCAAGCCUCUUGUAAUAACACAUGAAGGAAAACCAGAAGAUCCUUCCCUUCCAAAACCAAAUGUGAGACAGCCACCUGUGUUCUACGGUCUGGACACUCUGACUGUCGUGGGCAUUGCCUUUGCAGCAUUUGUAAUUGGAGCCCUGCUAACAGGAGCACUCUGGUUUAUCUACUCUCGCACAGGGGAAACAGCGGGAAGACAGCAGGUCCCUACAUCCCCGCCAGCCUCAGAAAACAGCAGUGCAGCGCACAGCAUUGGCAGCACGCAGAGCACCCCCUGCUCUAGCAGCAGUGCCACCUAA